AUGAAGGUCGUUUCCUGGAACUGCAGAGGUGUUGGGAAUUUUCGAGUUAGGAAGCACGUUAAACAACUUCUUAACUCUUCUCGACCCGAUGCCUUAUGUCUCCUGGAAAUUAGGACCAAUAAGGUUGAGGCCAUGAUUAAGUUGGCCAACCAGCUUGGUUUUUCUAACCAUUUUCUUGUCGAGCCUCUUGGUUUUGCAGGUGGGCUCCUUCUACUUUGGAAUCAUAUGAAGUUGAAUCUGGAUGUUGUGAGUCAUUCAUCCCAAGCGAUCCAUACACGUGCUCGGCUGGGCCUACGGGAUUGUUUUCUCACUUUUGCUUACGUCAAGCCAAAUAUUAUGGCCAAAUCCAGGUUUUGGGAUGAGUGCCGAAUUUUUAAAGAUUCGGUUAACGCGUCCUGGGUUUUGGUUGGUGACCUUAAUGAUAUAGCGGCUGUGGGGGAACAGUGGGGGAGUGACUCGGUCUCCACCAUAAGCAUGAAUAGAUUUUCUGAUGCUAUGAACAACUGCAGUCUCUUCGAUGUGGGAGCGUCGGGGCCGAGGUUCACAUGGUGCAGGCAUGUGGGUGGUAGAGUGACCCAAAUGCGCAAGCUUGAUAGGGUCCUUUGGAAUAUGGAAGCCCAAAUGCUCUUUCCCGAGGCAAAAGCGGUGGUGUUAGCCCGUCUACAUUCCGAUCACCAUCCGGUCCUGUUCAUUGAUGAAGCGGGUAACCCCCCGGAUAGGAGUUCGCGCCCGUUCAGAUUUGAAGCUGCAUGGCUGGGUAGAGAGGAUUAUAAAAAGAUUUGGGAAGAUUCAGCCCUUCUUGGUAGCGAGGGCUUUGCUAAUUUUAUCACUUUGGUGACUGCUAAGAGUAAAACCUGGAACACUGAUGUCUUCGGUAACAUUUUCCAAAGAAAAAGGCACAUUGAGGGUCACAUUCGGGGUACCCAGCAGGCCAACAACUAUGCUUUUUCGGGAGCCCUUCAGUCUCUCGACAAGCGGCUACAGAAAGAUCUCAACGAGGUGCUUGAUCAAGAGGAGACGUUUUGGUUUCAAAAGUCCAGGGUCCCUGUGCAAGGAAGUUCAGAGUUGGCUCAGGUUGAUAGCUCCCAAAGAAUCUCUAACCUCCAGGCCCUGAGUCUGACACAUAGUGCGUCUAUGGAAGAAGUGAGAAAGGCGGUUUUCGGCAUGAAAAGAUUUGGUCCUGCCCUCACCACCAUGGUCAAUCAAGCUUUGGCGAGUAGCACCGUUCAGAAUUCUCUCUUGACCGCCUAUGUCACGCUCAUUCCUAAAAAAGAGGCCCCCGAGUCGGCGGCUGAUUUCAGACCCAUCACUCUUCUUAAUGUGGCUUUCAAGGUGAUCUCUAAAGUCCUUGUCAACCGCUUAAGGCCAAUUAUGUGCAAGCUGAUUGGGCCUCAUCAAAACAGUUUCCUACCGGGUCGAUCCACUCUUGAUAAUAUUAUUCUAACCCAAGAGAUCGUUCAUGUGAUGAAUAAAAAGAAAGGUCACAAAGGCUCUAUGGCAGUUAAAGUUGACCUCCAAAAAGCCUACGAUAGCGUUGACUGGGCCUUUCUUGAAGACACCUUGGUGGCCUUUGGCUUUCCCAGACAAAUCAUUGAUCUCAUCCUUUUCUCUCUUCGGGAAAGUAGAAUCUCCAUCCUUUGGAACGGGGGUAGCUUGGAACCCUUUAAGCCAGGUAGGGGCCUUCGUCAGGGGGAUCCCUUAGCUCCUUAUCUCUUCAAUCUGGUCAUGGAAAGACUGGCUUAUGACAUUCAGAAUCAGGUUUCCUUGGGGCACUGGAGACCCAUCUCGAUUAGUAGAGGAGGGGUGGGCAUCUCUCACCUCUUUUUUGCGGAUGAUCUUAUGCUCUUUGGGGAGGCCUCGGAUCGGCAGGCCAAAGUUAUGAUAGAUUGUUUGAACAGACUGGGAAAUAUCUCUGGCCUUAAGGUAAAUCAUUCUAAAUCUCAGAUUUUUUGUUCUCCUAACACUGGUGCAGGUUCCAAACAAAACGUUGGAUCCACUAUGGGCAUUCCUGUGGCGCAUCACUUAGGCUCCUACCUAGGAAUACCUUUACUUCAAAAGCGGGUUUCUAAAGACAUGUUUGGGUCUGUCCUCAACAAGAUGAGACAGAAAUUGGCAAAUUGGAAAGCUAAUUCUUUGAGUAUGGCGGGUAGGAGAGUUCUUGUUCAGUCCUCCCUAGCCACCAUCCCGACUUACUCCAUGCAAUCCAUGGCCCUCCCUUCUAGCACCUGCAAAGACAUUGAUAAAAUUUGUAGAAAUUUUCUCUGGGGUCAUUCUGAGAGCUCUAGGAAAAUCCACACAGUUAAUUGGGGUGAUAUUUGCAAAUCCAAAGGCCUAGGAGGGCUCGGGCUCAGAACAGCUAAGGAGUUCAAUCUUGCUUUCCUAGCCAAGCUUGCUUGGCAAAUGGUAACAUGCCCUAAUAAACUUUGGGUCAAAGCUCUUCACGAGAAGUACGUUAAAGAUGCUAAUUUCCUGACCCUUCCCGUCAAAGCCACUGCUUCUCCGGGGUGGAAAGGCAUCCUCAAAGGCAGGUAUAUUCUUGCUAAUGGCAUGAAAUGGAAGGUAGGAACAGGCGACUCGAUCAAUUUCUGGGAGGACUGGUGGGUGGGUGACGCCCCUAUCAACAACGGGACAGACAUUGUGAUUCCGGAUGACAUGAAAGAUAUGAGAGUCAACACCUUAAUCUCGGGGGACAAAGCUUGGGACCUAUCCACUGUCAGAGAGCUGCUUCCAAACCAUGUGAUGGAGAACAUUCGUGCUACGCCAAUUGCCGUUGUUGAACAACAGCAAGAUACUCUCAUGUGGCCUUACUCUGGCACGGGCCUCUUUACUAUCAAAUCGGGCUAUAACUUCAUUACAGGCUAUGAUGAUGAUGAAGGCGAUUUUGGCUGGUUGUGGCGCAUCAAAUGUGCGGAAAAAAUAAAAAUUUUUCUGUGGAAAGUGUUACGGAACGGUCUCCUAACGAACUCCGAGAGAACGAGACGUGGCUUAACGGACGAUGAUCGCUGCCCGAGAUGUGAUGAACCAGAUGAAACUCUCGACCACAUCUUUAGAAGAUGCGACUUCGCGAAUGCCUGCUGGAGUACAUGCAAGAAGGCGCCCAGUUUCAACGGAGCAGCAGCCACCCCCUUGCAUCGAUGGAUUAAGGAAAACUGUACUAUGACAGGAAAUGGCGCGAGAAAGGGAAGUUGGAAUACAGACUUUGUUUAUAUUCUUUGGAACAUGCGGAAAGCAAGAAAUGAUCUUGUGUUUAACCAUAAUUUUGUGCAAGCAAAUGUAGCGGUACACCGUGCAGUUCUGGAAGCCGGUGAAGCAGAAAGAGUACUCGUCUCUCAUAGGGGCAUCAUGCUGGGAAGACAGCUUUGGAUCGGUUGGUCACCACCCAUGCAAGGUUGGACAAAGCUUAAUACGGAUGGCGCCAGGAAGGCGAACACGGGAAUGGCUAGUGCGGGAGGUGUCAUCCGAGACCACACGGGGGCUUGGUUGGUGGGGUUCUCGACCAAAGUUGGCACCACCUCAAGCUUCAUGGCGGAAUUAUGGGGUCUUCGGGAAGGACUCCUCAUAGCGAACAAUAGAGGGCUGGUUCGUCUGGUUGCUGAAGUAGACUCUAUUUCAGUGGUGAACGCCAUUAAGGGUGAUAGCACAUCUCGACCUGAAGCUAAUACCCUCAUCUCAGAUUGCAAAUCUCUCAUGACGCGGCUCGGUUCGUGUGAUCUUAGGCAUACCCUUCGCGAAGGAAAUAGUUGUGCAGAUUUCAUGGCGAAUCUUGGGCAGAACUCUAGCUGGGGGACCACGGUCUUCUUACACCCUCCGGAUGAAAUCAAUAAUCUCCUUCGGAUGGAUGCCAAUGGCGUUUCAACUAGAAGAAUUUACUAA